AUGGAUGCUUAUUCAGGAUAUCACCAAAUUAAGAUGCAUCCGUCGGACGAAGACAAAACAGCUUUUAUGACUGCAAGGGUAAACUACUGUUACCAGACUAUGCCUUUCGAGUUAAAGAACGCGGGGGCGACGUAUCAGCGGUUGAUGGAUAGGGUGUUUGAAGGCCAAGUGGGAAGGAACAUGGAGGUGUACGUUGACGACAUGAUCGUUAAAUCGGUUUUGGGAUCAAACCAUCAUGAGGAUUUGAUGGAGGCCUUCGGUAGGAUUCGCAAGCAUAACAUGAAGCUUAAUCCAAAAAAGUGUUCUUUCGGCAUACGGGGUGGGAAGUUUUUAGGCUUCAUGAUUACAUCGAGAGGAAUCGAAAUCAAUCCAGAUAAAUGUAAGGCAAUCCAGGAGAUGAAAAGCCCGAGCAAUGUGAAGGAGGUGCAGAGACUAACCGGGCGGAUCGCGGCCUUAUCCCUUUUCCUCCCUCACUCGGGCGACAAAUCAGCCCCGUUCUUCAAAUGCCUCAAGAAGAACGCGACAUUUGAGUGGAAUUCAGAGUGCGAGGAGGCCUUCACCCGCCUAAAGGAGAUGUUGUCCGCCCCACCAGUCCUAUCAAAACCUGUCCAAGGUCUUCCUUUGCAUUUAUACUUCUUUGAUGGUGAUCACGCAAUAAGCUCGGUGAUCCUUCAGGAGGUGGAUGGAGAGCAAAAGAUAGUCUAUUUCGUAUUGCAGAAGCCAGACUUGUCAGGAAGGCUCGUCGCGUGGUCAGUAGAGUUGUCGGAAUAUGGAUUACAGUAUGACAAAAGGGGGAAGGUCGGCGCACAGACCUUAGCGGAUUUUGUGGUGGAAUUGACGCCAGAAAAAGGUGAAAAGGUGAGCACGCAAUGGAUAUUGUUUGUCGAUGGGUCGUCGAAUGACAACGGAAGCGGGGCUGGGGUCACGCUGCAGGGGCCCGAGGAAUUGGAGUUGGAACAGUCCCUUAAAUUCCAGUUCAAAACCAGCAAUAACCAAGCAGAAUACUAUGCUCUUAUUGCGGGCUUGAAGCUGGCAAUUGAGGUGCAAAUCGACAGUCUGCUGGUAAGGACGAACUCGCUGCUAGUGGCAAGCCAAGACAACGGGAAGUUUCAGGUAAAGGAGCCGACCUUGAUAAAGUAUGUGGAGCACGUGCGGCUGCUCAUGGGACGUUUGCAACAGGUGGUGGUUGAAUUCGUGCCGAGGGCGCAAAACCAAAGGGCGGACGCCCUUGCGAAGCUAGCAAGCACUAGGAAGCCUGGCAACAACCGGAGUGUGAUUCAAGAGACGCUCGCCAAUCCCAGCAUAGAAGGGGAUUUGGUGGCCUCGGUUGAUCUCCAGGAAACUUGGAUGAACCCUAUCAUCGAUAUUCUGGCGGGGGAACCAAGUGACGUGGUAAAAUAUUCAAAGGCGCAAAAGAGGGAGGCGGGGCACUACACGCUACUCGACGGGAUACUCUUUCGGCGAGGAUUUAGUUCACCCCUCCUACGAUGUCUUCCACCUGAGAAGUACGAGGCUGUUAUGACGAAUGUUCAUGAGGGUGUUUGUGCAAGCCACAUUGGAGGAAGGUCGCUGGCGAGCAAAGUCCUCAGAGCGGGUUUCUAUUGGCCUACGAUAAGGAAGGAUUGUGCAGAGUUUGUGAGGAAAUGCGAGAAGUGCCAAGUAUUUGCAGACCUACCUAGAGCUCCGCCGGAGCAAUUAGUCACAAUCAGUUCCCCAUGGCCCUUCGCCAUGUGGGGAGUCGACCUCGUCGGGCCCUUUCCCACCGCUCGGUUGCAAAUGAUGUUCAUCCUUGUGGCGGUGGACUACUUCACCAAAUGGGUGGAAGCUGAGCCUCUAGCGAGCAUUACUGCGACUAAAAUCAUAAAUUUUUACUGGAAGAGAAUUGUCUGCCGGUUCGGGGUACCGAGAGCAAUCGUCUCGGAUAACGGGACGCAGUUCGCAAGUAAUCAAACCAAGGAGUUCUGCGAAGAGAUGGGCAUUCAGAGGAGAUUUUCUUCGGUGGAACAUCCACAGACAAACGGGCAGGCAGAAUCGGCGAACAAAGUCAUCCUGAGAGGUUUGAAACGCCGACUCUCGGAGGCCAAGGGGGCUUGGUUAGACGAACUUCCAAUUGUAAUUUGGUCGUAUAACACAACUCAGCACUCAACUACAGGGGAAACUCCAUUCAGAAUGACUUACGGGGCGGACGCCAUGCUCCCUGUAGAGAUAGACAACAGUUCGUGGCGGACGACACCGAAGUUCGAGGGCAAAAAUUCUUCAAACAUGGCAGUAGAACUAGACUUGCUGUCGGAGUCACACAAUGAGGCCCGCCUCAGGGAGGCCGCGAUGAAGCAGCGAGCUGCGGCCAAGUAUGACACCAAGGUAAAACCAAGGGAGAUGCAGGUAGGGGAUUUGGUGCUUAAAAAGCGAACAGGAGUCACCGGAAAUAAACUGAGCCCAAUCUGGGAAGGGCCCUACAGGAUCUUAAAAGCUUUGGGAACUUGGAUGGGAAACGGGUGCCACGAUCCUGGAACGCAGCGAAACUGA